AUGCAGGCACAGAAAUACCAAUAUGCUGCUCUUCAUAGUUUAAAAGAGAAUCUGAGUGAAGAUGAGGUUGUCCUCCAUAUUGACUUUGCAGAGAAUUUUCUCUGCAAGUACAGCAGCGAAAUCCAAGCUGUACAUUUUGGUGAUUCGCAUAAACAGGCCUCACUUCACACUAGUGUGGCCUACACCAAAAAGAGUGUGAUUUCAGUCUGCUCAAUCAGCUCCUCUUUUUGUCAUGACCCCUGUGCUAUUUGGGCACAUCUAUCAAAAGUCCUCACUUUCCUGAAGGAUCAAUACCCCACUGCUUCAGUGCUACAUGUGGUCAGUGAUGGGCCGACCACCCAAUACCGCUCCAAAAAGAAUUUCUACUUCUUCACCAACAUUCCAUAUCAGAUGGGCUGGAAGAAACUCACUUGGAACUUUCUGGAGGCUGGCCAUGGAAAAGGCCCUGCUGAUGGGAUAGGAGCAGCAAUGAAAAGAAGAGCUGAUGACAUCAUAGCUAGAGGGAAGGACAAACCAAAUGCUUGGGUGCUCUUUGAGGAGCUUCAACAGCAAAAGUCUGCCACAGAGCUCUUCUAUGUUGAGCCAGAAGAAAUUGAGUGUAUGGACAUUCAUGUGCCAUCCGAGCUACAAACAAUCCGUGGCACAAUGAAGAUUCAUCGGAUAACCUCUGCUAGCCCAAGCCAAAUGUCUGGUACCAAACCAAGAAUAUCAUAGGCCUAAUCCCUGAGCCUGUACCAGUGACCAAACGUCACAAGGAAAUUAUUGUGUCUGUUUGGGAAGAAAUAUGUGAAACACUUAAUUAGAUGUGGCCUCGAAUCACAUCACACACAUACGCACACAUACACACACACAUGCGCACAUGAGCAAACGCUCUCUCUCUCACACACACAUGCAAACAUACAUACAUUCACACAUUCAAGAUGCUCAAAAUUUUCCACAUUCCACAUCUCUGUUUAAAUGUUACAGUUUCAGGUGUUCUUUACAGUUACUCUUUACAGAAGAUGAGUGUUCAUUUACGAGACCAAUAAGAACAUUUCAGAACAUUAACCUCAUAAUUAUCUCACAUUGUUGAACUUUUUAUGCAUCUUUUAUUGCUUGUAUUUUCCCUGGCCAUCAGUUGUGUCAGUUCUUUACAGUAUGCACUGUAACCGUUCGUCUGUGAGAUAAAUCAGUUUUAUACAUCAAC